AGUCCUGUUGCCUAUGUUGCGCAUGUGCAGGAAGCAAUGUGAGCUCCUUGGAGCUGUACCACGGUACCGCAGUAGCAAUAGCGCGGUCUAGCAGUGCCAAGUAGUUAAAAAAACGUUGUUACAACGGGGCCCCGGUAACAGGCUUGAUGUCAUCAUUUUUAUUUUUCUAAUUUCAUUGGUUUCUAGUCAUUAAUCAUGACAGAACAGUCUGCUCUUCUUCUCAAGAAACAAUUAGCAGAACUGAAUAAGAACCCAGUGGAAGGUUUUUCUGCUGGAUUAAUUGAUGACGAUGACAUUUAUCGCUGGGAAGUUCUGGUUAUUGGACCACAGGACACCUUGUUUAUUCCACAUGAUGAGGGUCUGGACUGGUUUGGCGAGUUUCUCACCAAUGAAACUGAUAUGAACAACAGACUAAGUAACUUGGUCACUGAAUUCAUGGAAAUCGUACUACGUAACAAUUUCAUCUUUUUUAAUGGAGAACUCUUCAAGCAAAUUGCAAAGAAUGGUGAUGUGUGUAUCUCUAUCUUGCAUGAGCCUGGUGAAGACAAGUUUGGUUAUGAGAAGCCUGAAGAGCGUUGGCUGCCCAUCCAUACUGUGGAAUCCAUUAUGAUUAGUGUUAUUUCUAUGUUAGCUGAUCCAAACAGCGACUCUCCUGCAAAUGUAGAUGCUGCAAAAGAGUGGCGAGAAGACCCCCAUGGUGAAUUCAAGAGGAAAGUUGGCCGCUGUGUAAGAAAAAGCCAAGAGAUGACUUAUGAGUAAAAGUGGUUGCAUCAUCUAAAACUCGUCUGGGAAAGUGGGUAUUACCAGUCGAAUCUUCAGCCAUUAUUUUAAUGGAUCGAUGAGCACUAUCUUUCACUCUGGAUCUUGAUGAAAAGAACUUUAUUCUGGUUUGUUCCUGCAGUGCUGGAGCUUUGGAUUUGCUGCCCCCUGCCCCACCACUGGACACAUGGCAGUUUGAACUUUUCUAGCAGAAUGCUAAUGUAAUUAUGAAUAAUGUGUAGUCACUCCUGCCUGAGACUGUACACUUAUUUAUUUAGGAAAAUACUUCUGAAAAUGUCAGUUGAAGUACUUUUAUAUUUGCUUUUUCUUUGUGCAAUGUUCUUGCAAAACAAGUUGUGUUCUGAGAUAUUUGCUUUAGCUCUGCUUUUGAAACAGCAGCAUAACACAUACCGAAGAAACAUUUGUUUUUUUGGAAAAUUCAACUUCCAUAACUCAGUAUUCAGUUCUUUGGUUUUAUUUUUAUCUUGUACCCCAUGGAUCUAAUUUUCCAGGGCCAAACACUUCUAGUUGUGCAUAUGAGAGCAGUUGCAUCUAUAGCCAGUUAUGUUUGGAGUGACUGCUAUGUCUCCUAGGGGCAGUGAAUCCAGCCUCUUCCUGUGUUGAAAGGUUGACAUAAUCCUAAAAUAAAUCCGUCUUAUGUUUCUGCUGAGCUCUGACAACAGAUUUUCUUAAGUUAUUUUUUUACACUCAAUGGCAGCCAUCUUUACCUGACAUUCAGGCUGUUUGGCUGGCAACCUGUCAGCAUUUCCUCUCCUGGUUUGGAUCAGUGGGUGUUUACACACAGCAUGAGCCAAGAUGCAUGGAGUGGGUAAUGCAGGUUUCUUCCCUGUUAAUUUCUGUCUAUAUCCAUUUUGAAAAUUCCAGUGCAAUGAUAGUGGUUAAUAAGUUAAACCAGCAUUUGAAUAUGUAACUAAUUUUGUUUAACUGGUCAUUACACUGCUGCAGAAUUUUUAAUGAUCCUUUGCAUUGGGUAAUGUUGAAGUUUUGGAUCUUUUGCAGUUUCAACACCGCAUGGUUUUAUUCAGCUCCUGUGUGUGAACAACUGCAACGCUGCUAAGGGCAAAAGUAGAAAAGGGAAACACUUCCUAAUAGCCUAAAAUUACAGUAUUUGAUUUCAACACAUUAAAGUGAUUUAAUAGAA